GCAGAGGACACCGAGGGUGGCGGAGGGGUGCUCGCAGAGGACACCGACGGUGGUGGACCGGUGCCCGUUGAGGACACCGAGCCGGGAGGCAGUAGACCAACUGAGGACACUGGGGACAGUGGAGCGCCUGCUGAGGACACCGAGCCGGGAGGCAGUAGACCAACUGAGGACACUGGGGACAGUGGAGCGCCUGCUGAGGACACUGGGGACAGUGGAGCGCCUGCUGAGGACACUGGGGACAGUGGAGCGCCUGCUGAGGACACUGGGGACAGUGGAGCGCCUGCUGAGGACACUGGGGACAGUGGAGCGCCUGCUGAGGACACUGGGGACAGUGGAGCGCCUGCUGAGGACACUGGGGACAGUGGAGCGCCUGCUGAGGACACUGGGGACAGUGGAGCGCCUGCUGAGGACACUGGGGACAGUGGAGCGCCUGCUGAGGACACUGGGGACAGUGGAGCGCCUGCUGAGGACACUGGGGACAGUGGAGCGCCUGCUGAGGACACUAGAGACAUGGGUGAACCUCUGUCCCUGGGUCUAAAUGUAAAGCUGCACACUAAUAACAACAAUAAUAAGAGGCUACAGUCUGAGAGCAGAAAAGGAGAGGCACACUCCCAGACUGAAGACUUCGACACAGUGGCAGCCAGUUCACAUGAUCUUGGGACGGUCUUGGGCCCUGCUGGUACUCCUCUGUACAACAACGGAAAAAUGGAAGAUGUGGAGUGGUCAGAAGGCACAAAGAUGUCUGUCCCCAUGAUUCAAAACCAGUUCAGCAUCACUACUCUGCCUUCUGACCUUGGCACCUCCAUCGUCCUGGACACAGGAUCUGGUUUGAUGAAAGCUGGAUUUGCAGAUGAAGCCCUUCCACGUGUGUUAUUUCCAACAAUAAUUGGUGUGCCAAAGUAUGAGGAGAUCAUGAAUGGCAGCUCAGAAAAGGAUACAUAUGUGGGACAGGAUGCCCAGCAUAUGAGGGGAGUACUGGUCCUGAGACAUCCCAUCAAACACGGAGUCAUCCGCAACUGGGACGACAUGGAGAGGAUUUGGCAGCAUACAUUUGAUCUCUUGCGUGUGGAUCCAGGGGAGCACCCUGUCCUGCUGACUGAGCCUCCCAUGAACCCCCUGGAGAACAGACAACGUACAAUGGAGAUUAUGUUUGAGUACUUCGGAGUUCCCUACAGUUAUGUUGCGAUGCAGGCAGUGCUGGCACUAUAUGCUGCAGGCAGGACAACAGGUAUGGUGCUGGACUCUGGGGAUGGAGUAACCCACAGCGUCCCAGUGUAUGAAGGGUAUGUUCUGCCUCAUGCUGUGCAGCGCUUCCCUCUGGCUGGAGCAGAUGUUACUGCACACCUCACAAAGCUGCUGCAGGAGCAGGGCGUGUGCAUGCGGACCACAGCAGAGCAGGAGAUAGUUCGUGAAAUGAAGGAGAAGUGCUGCUGUGUGGCUCUCAAUUACGAAGCGGAGCUCCAUGAGGGGGGGUCCUGUGGGGAGGCAAGCUACACGAUGCCAGAUGGAAAGAUUGUGACACUGGGCUCAGAGCGAAUACGAGCUCCAGAGAUCAUGUUCAAACCUGAGCUUAUUGGCCGGGAUCACUAUGGCCUUCAUGAGAGCAUGUACAAGUCUAUCCUGAAGAGUGACUUGGACCUGCGACGGGACUUCCUGGGAAACAUUCUUUUGUCAGGAGGGAACACUCUUCUCUCUGGCCUCCCUGAGCGACUAGAGGCCGAGCUAAGUGCCCUGGUGCCCUGUGAGCCACGCUCCUCUGUGCGGGUCUACUGCCCCUCUGACAGGGACUUCUCCGUGUGGUGUGGAGGGACAGUCCUGGCCAACCUGCCAACCUUCUGUGGGCUGUGGAUCAGCCAGAGUGAGUAUGAGGAAUAUGGGCCACAGAUCGUCCACAGGAAGUGUUUCUGAGCUGGACCCAUAAAGUCAAGCAUUUCCAAAUGUGGUGCCCAGCCCGGGAAUAUGUAUAUAUGUGAAUAUUUAAAUUAUUUGUCCACAGCUGUUGUUGUCUGAAGUGUCCCUGUAUGUCUGGUCCUGUUACUUUUUAUGUCAUAAAUGUACAUUUUCUAUUUCUGUUAUGGGAGAUUGGUUGAAUCUGGCCCUUAAGUGAAUUGUGCCAAGACCUUUUUUAAAAAAGGCUAAUUGAAAAUCACAAAUAAAACAUCUAAAGCAUAAAUAAUAAGCUAAUAUAACCUAAUAUGAAGGAUAAUGAAUUGGGUCUUCCAAACCCCUGUUGUAUGUGGAUCUGGUGAGGGCUGAUUGAACAGUGCUGCUGUGCAGUACAUUGGACUUUUUGUAAUGCAUUGUUCAAGGGUUUUAAUUUUUUUUUUUUCCUAAAUGUCUCUGAACUGCCACUCCACUUGAAACCUGAAGGCAGUCUACAACUAUCUGGGUCAGUUGUGUAAAAUAACGAAUGCAUAAGGUGAUACUGGAGGUUACUGAAUGUGGGUACAUUUUCAGUCAACAGCUGUGAGUGCUGCUGCUGCUCAUCGGCCUAAUUUAUAAUGAAGGUUUGAGUGUAGUGUGUGUGGUUUUUAAUAAUCUGUUUUGAAAUUAUCAAUUUGUAAACUAUCUAUAAAUGAUGAGGCAUGAUGAUACAGAGUAGUAUUUAACAGUUCAGUUGCUGUCAAAGUUUUGAACUGAAAGUUCUUCCUCCCUGUGUUCUCAUUGACACUGUAUAUAUGUACAUAUUAUUCAAUAUGUUGUAAAUAUUGAUUGAUGCAUGCUUUUGUCAUUUGCUGAAUUGUAUUGCUUUUGUUGGUGUUUAUCCUUUUGUAAAUGUAGAAACACAGGGUUGACAAAUAUUGUCAUGUGACCUUUGACCUACAGUGUUGAGCCUUGCCUGCCCUUGGACCUCAGAUGCAAAUGUACUGUACCAGUCAGUUUUUGUUUUUUUUUUAAAUCUGUUUUUAUAAUAAAUAUA